GGUCUCCUAUCUACAAUCAAAGCUCUAUCAUAGAUCCCCAUACAGCUAAGUACACUGUAUAUACAGUACAGUGCGGCCCUUCCAUUUAGAAAGCUGAAGAUACGUGCUAUAAAGCUCUUAUAUCAACUGCGUUUUUCCACUGAAUGCUGGCUAUGGAUCACAACACAAAAUUCGACCUCCUCCCCCCCUCUACAAAGAGACCAAGACCAAACGUUCAAGAUCCCUCUAACUCAACCAGACUAGUCCCACCCUCUAAGCCACCCUUUCCCUCAAGUGGAUCUAUAACUAAAGACAAGGCAGAGUUCCCUGUCACAAGUUUGGAUGAUUUCUACAAGAAUUGCCCAACUUAUCGCCUCCCUGUAGAGGUGGGUGCUUUCAGUCUAGACGAGGAAGGAAAAACUCAACUGGACCGCUCACAGCUACGCUACUACGUCCUCCCCGCCCACCCCACAAGACCAAACUUUGACCUCAAUAUCGGAUUCACCCAAUUUUCCUCCACAAGCAAAAAUGUGCCAUCAAAUAAACUCAACCCCAUUCUAAGAUGGAUCAGUUCCUAUGGCGACUGUUUCAGGCCCCAGCAACCACUAUCCCCUACAGAAGGCCCUAAAAGACAGAAUUCAUUGGGUAAUGGUAUUUUGGGCAAGAAUGGAGAAGAAGCAGAAGCAUCUCCUGUGUCCCCUAAAGACAGGCCUGACGACCUGCUCACCAACUUUGUCACAUGGAGGGGAAUGAUCACCAAGAUGAUGGUGAGCCCGUACAACAAAACAGAGCCAUGGCAAUUUGCCGCUACACGUCACCGAGGGACUAUCUACCUGAGUGAGGUGGAAACUGAGGAGGCAAAAGAAGCGUCAGCCAAACAAACUCCACGGAUGGAGCUGAUGUGUUAUUGGGGACUCAAGUUCGAGGACUACCUCACCAAUAAAGAUCCUCCCCCUCCUAUGAAGCCGUCUCCGUUGCCUAGUAACCCGUCCACGCCAGUAACAAAGCCUGGAACGAUCAAUCCCAACCGUGGCUACUGCACUGUCGUGAGGACACGUAUGAACACUCACUCCCUCGUCAUGGCCGCUGAGGUGGAUGCCGCCGAUCAUCAAUCCAUAGAUAAGAUCCCUCGCAACUACAUUGAAUUCAAGACCAGUCGAGUCAUCCUCACUGAUAGAAACAAAUCCUCCUUCAAGAGGCACAAGCUGAUGAAGUGGUGGGCCCAGUCUUUCCUGGUGGGUAUCCCGAGGAUCAUAUGUGGGUUCAGGGACGAUGAGGGCAUCGUACGCUCCAUGCAGACCUUCAGGACAUCUGAGAUUCCCAGGGAGACUCAGAAUGACCUGACAAUGUGGCAACCUGCUGUGUGUAUGAACUUCCUAGACGAGCUGCUCACCUGGAUCAGAAAGACUGUUACCAUCGAUGACCCCAGUGUGGUGUACCUAGUUGAGUGGAGAGCACCCUACACCUCCGUCACGGCCACCAAGUGUCCUCCCGAUAGUGAGCACGUCUUCCUACCGAGAUGGUACCUCGACAAACAACCACCUCCCGAGGACUAGUACUAAAAACUUCGAUCCUUUGAACAUCUCAUUCCAUGCUGUUUUUUAUGCCAUGAUUCUAACCUGACGCUGCUGACUUAUCUUUUCUGUUUCUGUUCUGUCCUCAGGCUGAAUACAUGACUACACUUCAUUCCAUGUUUAUUGGCACUUUCCCAACUAUAACUCCAUUGUACUCAUUUUCUCACUGAUGUUGUUCUUAUUGUGUUUGUUCUCACUAGCUUACUUUGACUGAGAUUAUAAUUGUUGCAAGAAAUAAUUAAUUACAUGCAGUAACAAAAA